AUGGAGUACACUGUAGAACAGUUGAACUUUUUCCGAAUUUGUUACAUCGUAUUUGACUUGAUUCCAAAAAGUCUCCGAAGCGUAUUCAAAUCAGAAUGGGAUAUCCGUUACAAAGGAAGCUUUGGAGAAUGGAAAGACACAACACAGAAUGGUAGCGAUUUUUUCAACAGCGAAUCAAAGAAAAGUCGUUCAAGGAAUGCGCGAUUACUGACAACGAUCAAAAAUGGUAACACCGCAGAGUGGGACUGUAGCUGUUUGUUUUUUGCCAUCCUGUUCUCAGAUAGUAUUGGGACAACCUUAAGCAGGUUAGUAAGGACAAAUGUAGGUGAUCUUCGUGAAUUCAGGAAUUAUAUCGCCCAUAUUACCGAGGCUAAAUUUACAGAUGCCGAAUUUCACAAUAGCAUUGGAAGAGUUUUGAUUGAUUUCAGCUCCAUGGGUCUUCCAAUCAGUGAUAUUGAAGAGGUCAAAAAUCAAACGAGCUUUCCUACUUCUGCAGUGAAUCGCCUUGUGGCUUUACUUAAUAACCUUCAAGAAGAAUUAAAGAGAGCAAAGUCGAAUUUUCAUGCCUCAGAAGAACAGGUUCGAAAGCUCACGUUUGAUUUACAGCAGGCAGAAGACACCAUACUACGAGAACAAGAACAGAUCCAAUGUCUUUCUGACGAGAUAAAUUCCAGAGUCGUAUCUUUCUGUCACCUACCAUUCAAGCCUUCUCAUCAAAUAGUCAAACGUACAAAUGAUGUUUCAAGAAUUUUAACCCAAAUGCAGAAGCUUGAAGAUGGAUGCAAAGGCGUGGUUAGUACAGUCUACUUAUCAGGCAGUCCUGGUUGUGGGAAAAGUCAAAUUGCUCGUCAGAUUGGACAAGAAUUCUCCACAACAUCAUCAGAUGAGAGUGACGGUCAAACAUUCGUGGCAACCGUGAAUGCAGAAACUCUGGAGACUCUUGUGGAUUCUUACAUCACUCUAGCUAAACAGUUGGGAGUUACAGAGUACACCUUGACUCAGCUUGCAACCUCGAAAGAUAGCAGUCCCAAGGAAACAAUCCAUCAUCUUAAAAGUUUAAUUUUUCCUAAAAUGAGACAAUUCUUCAAAUGGUUGAUUAUCGCUGAUAACGUGGAGGACCUGUCCAUGGUCUUGGGCUAUCUCCCCCAGACUGCUAGCGAAGAGUGUGGUCAUGGCCAGAUUCUAAUCACAACCCAAGAUACCAGUGCCAUUCCAACAAGUGCCCCUCAAACUUACCAUGAAUCACUAAGCGUAGGAAUGCAAAGGGAAGAUGCUCUAGAGCUGCUGAAGCAAGUAUCUCAAAUUUCGAACCAUAAGCGGGCGGAGGAGGUUGUUGAAGUUCUUGAAUUCCAGCCGCUCGCCUUAGCAGCUGCUGCAUUUUACGUUUGUGCUGUUGUUAGACAUGGCUCUCCAAAUUACACAUGGCAUGAUUAUCUGGAAACAUUUUCUCGAGGCGAACGUGAAGGUACUGAAGAACCUCUUGCUAAGGAAAAUGGAGCUUACUCGAAAACUAUGACCACUGCUGUAAAGAUGGCUUUAAACAAUGCUUCGAAAAACGACGAAAUUCUUCGUCAGACAUUUUAUCUUCUUUCUCUGUGUGCUUCGGAAUCCCUCCCAAUUGAAGCAGCUGUCAGCUUCGUCAAAGCUCGCACAGCCACAUCCACGAAAGAAACUCAUGAAAGACCGACGAAAGAGCUUAUCAAAGCAAAGAUUUUGAAAUCCUCUCUGAUCACUUGCUUACGUGGAGACGAUAAAGUUCCAGAGUACUUCAAGAUGCACCAAAUAGUGCACGAAGUACUCAAAGCAACUCGGAUAACUCAUCCUGAGACCCGAAAGGCUUUACCAGACGCAAUAAGGAGUUUGCACCAGGUCCUCCUCUCAGAGUAUGACCAGCUAUUCACGAACGGUCAUGCAUGUGUAAAGUUGCGGCGAGUGACGAGUCAUUGUAAAGCGCUGCAUGACGUUCUCUCCACUAUGCUUGCAAAUAGAGGUGAUUUAGUGAAAACAUUAGCGUCCUCUAACACGCCAGCCAGUAUAGCUGCGUGGCUUUCGACAACCGCCACUGUCUGUUGUGAUCUAAGCAACCCAUCUGACGCGAUUCUCUUUUCUACAUCUGCCUGUGCAUUCAUUGAGUACAUGAGCAACACCAAGGAAACUGAAAAGUUGAAAGCAGACAUUCUAGCCGUUCACGGUAGGGUGCUAACACUGCAGUGCCAGUACGAAUUGUCGUUGUUGUUCCUUGAAGAAUCCACGAACAUUUCUAUAGCUGUUUAUGGAAAAGGACAUGCCACUGUAGCAGGCUGUUACAACAACUUAGGGAACGUCUCUCGAAAGCUUGGAGACUACAGUGAAGCUAAGGUAUACUACAAGAAGGCAUUGAACAUCACCAAAAAGAUUUAUGGGGAAGAACAUCCGAACGUAGCAACAAGCUAUAACAACAUGGGGGUUGUCUACAGUGACCUUCGACGGCAUCAUGAGGCAAAGGAUUACUACGAAAAGGCAGUGAUUAUAGCACAGAAGAUUUACGGAGAAGAACAUGCAGAUACAGCAAGAACUUACAAUAACUUGGGGAAUGUUUACAAUGAUCUUCAACAAUACGAUCGAGCAAUGGCAUAUCACAAGAAGGCACUGAAAAUAAGAAAAAAGAUAUACGGCGAGGAGCACGCUGACGUUGCAGGAAGCUACAACAACCUGGGAAAUGUUUACCGCAACCUUGGAGAGUACGUUCAAGCUAAACAGUGCCACGUGAUGGCGCUUAAGAUACGACAAAAAGUGUACGGCGAAGGGCAUAUGAAAGUGGCGACAAGUUACCACAACUUGAAUAUAAUUUACAGAGACUCUUUACUGCAAAGUAAAGUAAAAAGUAACAUUUGCAGUUUGUUGUAG